AUGACCAGCGGCUUAGACAAAAGCCUUAAACGGAAAAACGACAAAUGGCUUAAAGACGUCAAGUCACUUAUGCUCGAUACAGAUAAGCUUAAAAAUUGUGGAAGUGAUGAUCCUAAGUUCAAACUUCAAAAAGGAGAUGGAGAAGCAGUUUGUGGGCAGUUUCAGAAGAGCAUAGUCAUCAUCACACGAAUUUUACAUUGGCCGAAACUAACAGGAUUGCUUCACAGUACCAAAAAGGAGGCUGAUAAGUGUAACGCUGCAACAGAAAUUUGCGAGUCAGCUAGGGAGAUAGAGAGCUCAAGCAUUGUUUCUCAAAGAGAAGAAGGUUACUUCUUUGGGGCUUGGAAAGGUGAGUAA